AUGAGAUUCGGAUGGGCUGUGGUUUUUACGCCAGCCGUUUUGGCUGCUACGGUGUCUUAUGAUUUCACUAUUGAAUGGGUCAGAGCGGAUCCUGACGGGGCAUUCGAAAGGCCGACGAUUGGGAUAAACGGGAAGUGGCCAAUUCCCAGGAUUGAGGCUAAUGUUGGAGAUACCGUUUUGGUCAACGCGAGGAAUAAUCUGGGCAAUCAGAGCACAUCACUUCAUUUCCAUGGAUUGUUUAUGAACGGUUCCAAUCAUAUGGAUGGUCCUUCACAGGUUACCCAGUGCGCCAUUCGACCUGGCGAGUCUUUUCUUUAUAACUUUACGAUCACCCAACCCGGGACAUAUUGGUAUCACUCACACACUGAAAGCCAAUACCCAGACGGUCUUCGUGGCCCUCUCAUCAUUCAUGACCCAGAGUCACCUUUCAAAGCUCAAUAUGACGAAGAGAUCAUCAUGACUAUCUCAGAUUGGUAUCACGACCAGAUGCAGACUCUAAUUCCAGAAUUUAUGAGAAAGGGAAAUCCAACUGGAGCUGAACCAGUUCCUCAGGCUGCUCUCAUGAACGAAACGCAGGAUCUACAAGUCGUUGUCCAGCCCGGAAAGACAUAUCUUCUUCGACUGGCCAAUAUCGGCGCGUUUGCAGGACACUUCUUCUGGAUCGAGGGACAUAACCUGACUAUUGUUGAAGUGGAUGGUGCUUAUACAAAACCAGCCUCAGCUAAUAUGAUCUACCUAUCUGCUGGUCAACGAUGCAGUGUUUUGGUUACCACAAAACAAAGUACUUUGGACAACUUUCCCAUCGAUCUAUUCGACGUACUCCCCGAUGAUCUGAACUGGAACGUCACAGGAUGGCUCGUAUACGAUCAACAAAAGGACCUCCCUGAACCGUCCACCGUCUACGAAUUCGACCCUUACGACGAUAUGGAUCUCGUACCGUAUGAUGACAUGGCCAGACUUCCUGAACCCAGCAAACAUAUCGAACUCGACGUUGUUAUGGAUAACCUGCGUGAUGGCGCCAACUAUGCCUUCUUCAACAACAUCACCUAUCGCGCUCCCAAGGUGCCAACUCUGUAUACUGCGUUGACCAGCGGAAAAGAGGCGACGAACCCGCAGAUCUACGGAACCUACACGCAUAGCUUUGUUCUGGAAAAAGAUGAGAUCGUUCAGAUUGUUGUCAACAAUAGGGAUGACGGACGACAUCCAUUCCACUUGCACGGUCAUCACUUCCAGGUCCUUCACCGAAGCGAAGAUGAUGUUGGCGACUUCGCUGGAUCAGAAGAGUUUGCUGAGACACCGAUGAGACGAGAUACUGUUGUUGUAAGAGGAAAUGGAAAUGCGGUGCUUCGAUUCAAAGCCGAUAACCCAGGUGUCUGGCUGUUUCAUUGCCAUAUCGAAUGGCACGUCACUUCUGGUUUGAUCGCAACAUUCGUCGAAGACCCCCUCGCUUUGCAAGCUUCUCUCGAAUUGCCUCAAAACCACCUCGAUGCGUGCAAAGCUGGUGGUGUUCCCACCGUUGGUAACGCAGCUGGAAACACCAACCUUCUUGAUCUCUCCGGCGAAAACGUCCCUCCACCACGUCUCCCUGAAGGCUUCACACUCAAAGGAAUCGUUGCAUUCGCAUUCAGCACACUGAUGGGUAUAUUCGGCAUUUACACAGUCGCAUCAUAUGGAAUGAAAAAGGAAAAAAAGACACCCGAGAGAGCGCCACUGCUCGCCGAAGAAGAGCUCCCGGAGCAGUAG